AUGAGCGACAACCAGGAAGCAUCAGAUGCUGAGGACACGACACCGUCCGAGAGCGCGACCUUGCCGCUCCGGCCGCACUCCGACCGCCCCACUUGCAACAAGACCGGCGUGUGCUCCCGCUCCUACUUCGUAGUAGUGAUGGUGUUUUUUCAUGUAUACAUCAUCAAUGUUAUUGCACUGCUGUUUUACGUGCACUACAAUAGCGGGCAGGAAGAUACCAGCCAGGGUCGUGAUGCUCCGAGCAGCAACCAGCAGCCAGAGUCGCCACGUCCGCCAUCAAAGCCCGAGUUUCUGCGCGUCAGUUCUCUGACAAGGAUCGAGGGGAUUAGGGUGGGACACGUCCAAAAGGUGUCACUGAUGCAAAACAAAGUGCAUGAAAUGAGGACUUUGAGUAUGAAACCUCUGCUUUUUGAGAUCCCUGGGUUUUUGUCGGAUGAUGAGUGCCGUGUUGUGAUGCAGCUUGCACAGCUAAAGGGUCUAAUGGAGAGCCAACUGAUGGUGCAGGAGGGUCAGGAAGAGCUGGCUAAGGAGCUCAACCUGAGUCCAGACGAGAUCUUCAACCUUCUUGAUAUCAACCAAGAUGGACAGUUGCAGCUUCAUGAGAUACUGACUCAUUCUCGAGUAAGGGACGGCAUCUGGCUCACACCGGAGAAUCUGCGAGAAAUCUAUACUGGUCUCAAAGCUGACAAGGAUGGCGAUGGUUUGCUGAGUCUAGAAGAGUUCAGGCUUCUGAGCAACGAUGCCUUCCAGCGCUUCCUGCUGCAGCGAGGGGUGAAGAGGAGUCAGAUGGUGAGGAACAGCAGACACACGUGGCUGUAUCAGGGCAAAGGAGCACACCAGGUCCUCCAAGACAUCAAGACGAAGGUGACUCGCCUCACUCGGCUCCCUCCCUCAUUAGUGGACCUCAGUGAGCCGCUACAGGUGGUUCGGUAUGAGCAGGGAGGACACUACCAUGCCCACCAUGACAGCGGCCCUGUGUAUCCUGAAACUGCCUGCACACACACACGUCUCGCGGCCAACACCUCCACUCCUUUCGAGACGUCUUGCAGGUACAUCACAGUUCUCUUCUACCUGAACUCUGUUGAGGGGGGCGGGGAGACCGCAUUCCCUGUGGCAGACAACAGGACCUAUGAUGAAGUGUCCCUCAUACAGAAUGAUGUGGACCUUUUGGACACCAGAAGGAAUUGUGACAAGAGUAACCUGAGGGUGAAACCUUCCAAAGGGACAGCUGUUUUCUGGUACAACUAUCUUUCGGAUGGAAAAGGUUGGGUAGGAGAGCAGGAUGAAUACGCUCUGCAUGGAGGGUGCAUGGUCACCCAGGGCACUAAGUGGGUUGCAAAUAAAUGGAUCAACAUCGACCCGGAUUACCAGCGACAGGCUCGCUACCAGCAGCUGGUUUCACAGCAGCCAGAAGACGAUGAUGAUGAAGAUCUGACUCUAAACCAGGACACGCAGAGUUCUGAUAUCCAUCAAGACUUGUAGCUCAUAAACCAAAAUGAAAAAGAAAA